AUGGACGACACCGAGUUGUGCGUACCUCGGUCGUACUACUACCUCCGACAUGCUACGUCCGACCAGGAGGACCCGGGCGUUGAGGUGCGCGAGUCGAAUAUUCCACGGGCUGGCAAGGGACUGUUUGCGACCAGACGCCACCCGAGAGGGUCCGUCAUCUGUGAGUACACGGGAGAGGUGCUGCCCACGCACGAGUCCGCGUGGAAGCUCAAGGACAAGUCGUAUCUCAUGAAACUGGGCGACGGCAAGUACGUGGACACGCUGCACUGCCCACAUGUUCUCGCUCGGUACAUCAACGACUGCCGAGGACGGUUCGGAGGCUUCAACGUGCACUUUGACAAGCGACCUGAGCACAACAAGGCCAAUGUCGUUGCGAUGCGAGACAUUGAGCCAGGAGAGGAGCUGUAUGUCAACUACGGUCGGCUGUACUGGCUUGCGUACAACAUGAUGCAUCCGAGCAAUCCCGUGCGAUAA